AUGGCUUCGAAUUCCGAUUUGGUGCGCGCUGUUGAGUCACUCCUCGGCGUUUCGCUUGGCGAUUCCGUUUCGGAUUCGCUGCUCCUCAUCGCCACUACCUCCGCCGCGGUCAUAAUCGGCCUUCUCGUGUUUUUGUGGAAGAAAUCUUCGGAUCGGAGCAAGGAGGUGAAACCGGUGAUUGUGCCGAAGGGGUUGCUGAAGGAGGAGGAGGACGACGAAGUUGACGUUGCCGCCGGCAAGACUAAGGUCACCGUUUUCUUCGGUACUCAGACCGGUACUGCUGAAGGCUUUGCUAAGGCGUUAGCAGAGGAGAUCAAGGCAAGGUAUGAAAAAGCAGUUGUCAAAGUUGUUGACCUGGAUGACUAUGCAGCGGAUGAUGACCAAUAUGAGGAGAAGCUGAAGAAAGAGACUCUAGCAUUUUUCAUGCUGGCAACUUAUGGAGAUGGAGAGCCAACAGAUAAUGCUGCAAGAUUCUACAAAUGGUUUACUGAGGGGAAAGAUGAGAGGGGAACCUGGCUUCAACAGCUCUCAUAUGGAGUUUUUGGCCUAGGUAACAGACAAUACGAGCAUUUUAAUAAGAUAGGUAAUGUUGUGGAUGAAGAACUUACUGAACAAGGGGCAAAGCGUCUUGUUCCAGUUGGAUUAGGUGACGAUGAUCAAUCCAUUGAAGAUGAUUUUUCUUCCUGGAAAGAAACUUUGUGGCCUGAGUUGGAUCAGUUGCUCAGAGAUGAGGAUGAUGCAAGUACUGUCUCUACCCCCUAUACAGCUGCUAUUCUUGAAUAUCGAGUAGUGAUUCAUGACCCCAUUGUUACAUCAACCUAUGAUAAUCACACAAUCGGGGCAAAUGGGAAUACUGUGUUUGAUAUUCAUCAUCCUUGCAGGGUGAAUGUUGCUGUACAAAAGGAGCUUCACAAACCUGAGUCUGACCGAUCUUGCAUACAUUUGGAAUUUGAUAUAUCAGGGACUGGCAUAACAUAUGAAACUGGAGACCAUGUAGGUGUUUAUGCUGAGAACUGCGAAGAAACUGUUGAAGAAGCUGGGAAAUUGUUGGGUCAGAAUUUAGAUCUAUUUUUCUCUCUUCACACAGAUAAGGAGGAUGGCACUUCCCUAGGUGGUUCUCUCCUACCUCCUUUCCCUGGGCCUUGCUCACUGCGUACUGCAUUAGCACGUUAUGCUGAUCUGUUGAACCCCCCACGAAAGGCUGCUUUAGUUGCAUUGGCUGCUCAUGCCUCUGAACCUAGUGAAGCAGAAAGAUUAAAGUUCCUUUCAUCUCCUCAGGGGAAGGAUGAGUACUCCAAAUGGGUGGUUGGAAGCCAAAGAAGUCUCCUUGAGGUGAUGGCUGCGUUUCCGUCAGCAAAACCUCCUGUUGGUGUUUUUUUUGCUGCAGUAGCCCCUCGUUUACAGCCUCGCUAUUAUUCUAUUUCAUCCUCUCCUAGGUUUGCUAUUCAAAGGGUACAUGUAACAUGUGCCUUGGUGUAUGGUCCGACUCCCACUGGUAGAAUUCACAGAGGUGUAUGUUCAACUUGGAUGAAGAAUGCUAUUCCCUUAGAAAAAAGUCACGACUGUAGCUGGGCUCCUAUUUUUAUUAGGCCAUCAAAUUUCAAACUACCAGAUGAUCAUUCAGUUCCUAUUAUUAUGGUUGGACCUGGUACCGGUCUCGCACCAUUCAGGGGAUUUUUACAGGAAAGAUAUGCUCUCAUAGAGGAUGGUCUUCAACUUGGCCCUGCAGUACUCUUCUUUGGAUGUAGAAAUCGGCAAAUGGACUUCAUUUACGAGGAUGAGCUAAAGAAUUUUGUGGAACAAGGUUCUCUUUCAGAAUUGAUAGUUGCAUUCUCUAGAGAGGGGGCUGAAAAGGAAUAUGUUCAACACAAGAUGAUGGACCAAGCUGCCCAACUGUGGAGUUUGAUUUCUCAAGGAGGUUAUCUUUACGUCUGUGGUGAUGCCAAGGGUAUGGCCAGAGAUGUUCAUCGGACUCUUCAUUCCAUUGUCCAGCAGCAGGAAAACGUGGACUCAACAAAGGCUGAAGCUAUAGUGAAAAAACUCCAGAUGGAUGGACGUUACCUUAGGGAUGUGUGGUGA